AUGGAGCAAGAAAAGCACAAGGAGGACGGAGAGGUCGAUGAUGAUGAUCGUGGAAGCAGCGGGCGGGCGCGGGUGGAUGAAGGUGAUGAUGGCGAUGUGAAGAAGAAGGAGGCGGCAGCGAGGAAGAGUAGAGCGGUGCCGUUUAGGAAGCUGCUUAUGUAUGCCGAUGGGUUGGACUGGUUGCUAAUGGGGCUGGGGGUGUUGGGGUCUGUAGUACAUGGGAUGGCUCAGCCUGUGGGAUAUCUGUUGCUUGGCAAAGCUCUCGAUGCCUUCGGCAACAACAUCAACGAUGAUGUCGCCAUGGUCAAGGCCUUGGACAAGGUUAUUCCAUUUGUCUGGUACAUGGCCAUAGCUACCUUUCCUGCUGGAGUACUUGAGAUUGGUUGCUGGAUGUACUCAAGCGAACGCCAACUGGCAAGAUGGAGAAUAGAGUACUUGAAAGCCGUGCUUGGCCAAGAAGUUGGAGCUUUUGAUACCGAGUUGACCACCGGAAAGAUCAUAACAGGGGUCACCAAUCACAUGAGUAUCAUUCAAGACGCCAUUGGAGAGAAGCUGGGCCACUUCCUGUCGAGCUUCGCCACAUUUUUUUCAGGGGUCUUCAUCGCGGCCAUAUGCUCAUGGGAAGUCUCACUCCUAACCCUUAUGGUGGUUCCUAUGAUCCUAGGAAUCGGGGCCACCUACACCAAGAAGAUGAACGCCAUCUCUGCCUUGAAAAUGGGCUACCUAUCUGAAGCAACAAGCAUGGUUGAAGAGACAAUCACUCAGAUCAAGACGGUUUUUGCAUUUGUUGGAGAGUCUCGAGGUGUCAAGGCUUUCACUGAGUGCAUAACCAGGCAACUCUCGCUGAGCAAAGUUGAAGCAUUGACGAAAGGGAUAGGGACUGGGAUGUUUCAGGCAGUGACCUUCUGUUCAUGGGCAAUCAUCAUCUGGAUUGGAGCCCUUGUUGUCACUUCAGGGAGAUCAGCUGGCGGAGAUGUGAUUGCGGCUGUCAUGAGCAUUCUCUUCGGCGCCAUAUCCUUGACUUAUGCUGCUCCAGACAUGCAAGUUUUCAACCAGGCAAUGGUGGCUGGAAAUGAGAUUUUGCAAGUGAUCCAAAGGAAGCCCAAAAUAGCAACCCGCCAUCAUCAUGACUCCAAAGCAGCAAAGACGACGACGCUAGUGCUAGACAAGGUGGACGGCAACAUUGAAGUACGUGAUGUGUACUUUGCCUAUCCCUCACGGCCAGACAUGUUGGUCCUCAAGGGAUUCUCCUUGUCCAUUCCUGCUGGCAAAAUGGUGGCUUUGGUUGGUAGUAGCGGUUGUGGGAAGAGUACCAUCAUUUCACUUGUGGCCAGGUUUUAUGACCCCUUGAGAGGAGACGUUCUCAUUGACAACCACAACAUUAAGGACCUGGAACUUGGGUCACUCAGAAACAAGAUUGGAGCUGUCUCUCAGGAACCCUCUCUAUUUGCUGGCACCAUCAAAGACAACUUGAGGGUAGGAAACAUGGAGGCCGACGACCAAAAGAUCCAACACGCGUCAGAGAUGGCCAAUGCUCACUCCUUCAUCUCGCAGCUGCCCAACCAAUAUUCCACGCAGGUGGGGCAGAGGGGAGUACAGUUAUCUGGAGGGCAAAAACAGAGGAUUGCCAUAGCUAGAGCCAUUGUGAAGGACCCUCCAAUCCUUCUUCUUGAUGAGGCUACUAGUGCACUUGAUUCAGAAUCCGAGCGCCUGGUCCAAGAUGCCCUCGAGAAGGCCAUGCAAGGGAGAACGGUUAUACUCAUUGCACACAGGAUGUCCACCAUAAUCAAUGCUGAUAUCAUUGCAGUUGUGGAGAAUGGACAGGUGGCACACACAGGAACACAUCGUAGCUUGUUGGAAUCAAAUGCCUUCUACAAUAAUUUGUGCAUCAUGCAGAAUCUCAAUCCUGACGAUGAUGAUGAUCAUUCAGGGACUGAAGCUGCAGGUUCAAAAGAAACAGUAACAAAUGCCGUCAUCCAGGAGGAGACCACUUUGCCAACAGAUGAUGAUCAUCUGCUGCAGGAACAGAAAGAUGUGUCCCAGUCCUAUGAAGCUCCAAGCGCGGUCUCAGACCAACAAUCGAAAGGAAAGAAGAGACGUCGUCGUCAUAACUUCUUCAGAAUUUGGUAUGGGCUGAGAAAGCAAGAAAUAGUGCAGGCUAGUAUUGGCUCAUUUGCAGCCGCCUUCUCAGGAAUAUCAAAGCCGUUUUUUGGGUUCUACAUUAUCACCGUGGGAGUAGCUUACUACCAAGGUCAUGCAAGGCGUAAAGUCGGAAAGUACUCCAUCAUUUUUUCUUUGGUUGGUUUGAUCUCUUUGUUCAGCCACACCUUGCAGCAUUACUUCUUUGGAGUGGUAGGGGAGAAGGCCAUGACCAACCUAAGGAGAGCUCUAUACUCAGGUGUACUGAGAAACGAACUGGGUUGGUUUGAGAAACCAGAGAAUAACAUUUCCGGUCUCACUUCAAGAAUCAUCCACGACACAUCCUCUGUAAAAACCAUAAUCGCCGACCGCAUGUCCGUCAUCGUCCAAUGCGUCUCCUCCAUCCUGAUAGCAACCGUCGUCAGCAUUCGAGUCGACUGGAGAAUGGCACUGGUAGCUUGGGCAGUAAUGCCCUGCCACUUCAUUGGAGGGCUCAUCCAGGCGAAAUCCGCCAAAGGCUUCUCCGGCGAUUCCGCCGCUUCUCACCAGGAACUCGUCGCCCUCACAUCCGAGUCCACAUCCAAUAUCCGGACCGUCGCCUCAUUCUGCUACGAGCCCCAUAUCAUCGCCAAAGCCCAAGAGAGCCUAAAAAAGCCCAUGAGAAAUGUCAGGGCCCAAAGCAUCAAGUUCGGGAUCAUCCAAGGUGUAUCCCUCUGCCUGUGGAACAUCGCACACGCGGUCGCCCUGUGGUACACUACUCGUCUAGUGGAGCGACAUCAAUCCUCCUUCAAGGACGGCAUUCGAGCGUACCAGAUUUUCUCCCUCACCGUGCCUUCCAUCACCGAGCUAUGGACGCUGAUUCCGACGGUCGUCUCGGCCAUGAAAGUCCUAUCCCCGACGUUCGAGACGCUCGAUCGGAAGACCGAGAUCGACCCCGACUCCCCCAAAACGGAUGACGCGCUCAAGAGGGUGACGGGAAGAGUUGAGUUUCGGAACGUGGAGUUCAACUACCCGCUACGCCCAGAGGUGGCCGUGCUCAACAACUUCAGCCUGGAAAUCGAACCCGGUCUGAAAGUGGCACUGGUCGGACCGAGUGGAGCUGGGAAAUCAUCAGUUCUGGCUCUUCUUCUCAGAUUCUACGACCCGUUGAAGGGAAGCGUCCUGGUCGACGGGAAGGACGUAAGAGAGUAUAACCUCAGAGGACUGAGGAGGCAAAUUGGAUUGGUACAGCAAGAGCCACUUCUAUUUAGCUGCUCGAUUCGGGACAACAUCACGUACGGCAGCGAGCAAGCAACGGAAGCAGAAGUGAUUCAAGUUUCGAGGGAAGCCAACAUUCACGAGUUCGUCAGCAAUCUACAAGAUGGGUACGAUACGGUUGUUGGGGACAGAGGGUGCCAGCUGUCAGGAGGGCAGAAGCAGCGAGUCGCCAUUGCAAGAACUCUGCUCAAGAGGCCGGCGAUAUUGCUCCUGGAUGAGGCGACGAGUGCUUUGGACACCGAGUCUGAGAGGUCAGUGGUGAAUGCUCUGGAGAUGAUAAAUGAGAGCAACAACGCAUCGUCCUUGUCGAGGAUCACGCAGAUUACUGUGGCACACAGGCUUUCCACGAUUAAGAAAUCGGAUGUCAUAGUGGUGAUGGAUAAAGGGGAGAUCGUGGAGAUGGGUACUCAUGCUACUCUUUUGAUGGCUACGGCUGGAGUGUAUUCCAGAUUGUAUGAGCUUCAAAACUUGGGAUAG